GGGCGGCUCGUUGUGUUUACAUGCAAUCGUUUAAAUUGGCCCCCGUUUUUUAGUGUUUUUUCGUCUGAUUUAAAGUGCGCUCAAUUAUAUUCUCUCUUAUAUUAGUGUUGAAUUGUAAAAAAAUUAUGUUUAAAAUUAGUGAAAAUGAGUUAAUUAUCGCCGAUAAAUUGCUGAAAAAUUUUGCCGGUUAGGAAGUGUUUUUCUUAUAAAGGUCGUAGAGGUCGAAGCAAAACCAGUUUAUACUUUGUUGUUUUCUUGUAAUUCUUAUUUACUAUGUGCGACACUGAUGCAAAAUGUGGAAAAUGGGAAUCGGAUUUGUAUGAAACGACACAAAAACAGAUUUUUUUGAAUUGUGUCGUAUCUUCAUCGUCUCCAGUUUCUUCCUCUUCCUCGACUUCCGGAUUCGACGAGGAAGUUUCGAUAUCAACUAUAAUUGAUUACCUGUACAAGCAUUUAAAUGAUUCUAAUCAAAAGAUCGAAAUUCUCGAGGAUCUUCGGAAAUCUCUCGUAAAAGUCUCACCGAAUGGUCGAAUAAAUUGGAACUUAUUUAAGCAAGGAUCUCGCCUCUGGAUUUCCAAUCUUCACAGGCAUCAAUCGCAAGACGGAAAUAAUAACAAUCAGGUUGACGAUGAUAAUUUGGCGAAGGAUUCAAAUUCAUCAAGCGAAGAGCGAAAAGAAGAUCAAGAUGAAAAUGAUAGUCCGAGGGACAGAUUGUCGCCUCGAGAUUCUUGCCCCCCAUUUGUCAAUGUCGUCAAUGUGUCAAGUUAUAGUCCAGAUAGCAACAGCACCCGACGUUUAACAGAUACAACUGUAGAUUCGGAAAUUGAAAUGGGAUAUAAUAUUGAUGCAGCGAUCGAUUUGCGCCUUAGGAUUCGACAAUUCGAUGAGGAGAAUGCAAGUCUCAGAGAGGAAGUUUUGCGAGUCGAGGACCUAAACAGCAAUUUACAGCAACGGAUUAACUCCCUAAAUCGUCGCUUAGAACAGAUGAGCGUUCAAUGCAGAAAUCUACAGAGGGAAAACGACGAACAAAAAGAUCUUCUCAGCGAUGCUGAGCAACAGGAAAAAUCUAGCAAGCUGGCAUUGCACAAAGCUUUGAAAGAAAAGGUCCUUUCGGAAAAAAAACUGGCAAGCAUACAGUCUCAUGAUGAGAGCAUCACAAAUUUAAAAUCUCAGUUAGCAAAGGCUCUCCAAGAGAAUAAAAAAUUAUCGAAAAAGAACGACGAAGUUAAUAAAGCUUUUGAAGAGAAAAACUAUGAAUGCGAUUCUUUAAAGCAGACUAUUCUCGAAUUGGAAAAUACAAACGAGAAGUUACAGCAAACUUACGAAUCUACGAUUCAAUAUUUGAGGGAAAAGAACAAGGAAUUGACGAAUCAAAUUCUGGAGCUGCAGGCGAGAUCAAACAGUAGCGGAUCCGAUAGAUUGUCAGUCACGCCACCGACGGGUUACAUACAUUCUUACAUGCACAGCACUCCUUACGCAGUACCGAAAAUUUCUCCUCGCAAAUCUUUGUAUGCGGAAUUGAAAGCCUCGGGUUUUUCGCCAGAACGUACAAAAAAUGAUUCAAAGAUCGCCGAACUGGAAGAGGAAUUGUCUUGGUGCAAUGAAGAAAUAAAUACUGUUGCACAACAGAUAGAAAGUGUGAUUCAGAGAUUGUCAGGAGUGGGUCAAAAACCUUACGUUCCUCACUUAAAUUUGCAGUAUCAGAACUCGAAAAUGCCGAAUUUAGCGCUUCUCAAGCAGGAAAUGGACGUUCUGAUGAAUAUGGUAACAGAAAGAGUUUGGAAAGGGGAAACGAAAGAUUUUAGUCUCCAAGUUGCGAUCGGAUCUCCCAAAAUUCAUCAUCAAUUUUCAAGCUCUCUUGAGAACAAUUCCGCGGCUUUGUCAGAAUCAUCGAUGACUUCGCGCUCUAUUGAAGUUGUUCGUGAAACUGCAAAAAACAACGAAUGUCCGCCAGAAGCAGCAAUUUCGAAAAUUCAAAACAAGUCCGUUCAAGUUCAGGAAAACUCCAUCUUCGACCCAGUUGUGCAGGCCUUAGAUCAAAUAAUUCAAGGCUCGAUUGAUGACGAUUCGAAUCUCCAGAGACGAUUUUCUGCUAGAAAUCAGAAACGCAGAUGCAUUUAUACCCACACAAGACCACCGACUCCAAAUCCCGAUGUGAUAAUAACUCCCAGUCAAAAUUCUCUAAACUCAAAUCAGGAUAAAACCGAGGAAUCCCACUGCAUUUCUGCAAGAGGAGACGCCCCAGAAAUUACCCCUAAAAAAAAUUUCACACCCGAAAAUUCCCAAUUUUCUACCACUGAUUCGAAAUUAUCUCGGCCAGACACAAUGCGUCCUUUAGAAAUCUCCAUUAAUUCACCAACACCGGAGAAAAAACGCGAAAUCUCGACAGCAACUUACUGUGUCACCCCAAAUUCAAGUUUCCGGGCCGUUCCUCGGAGAAAACUUUCCGUUUUCCAUCGAUCCUUUGACAUUGAAAGUUUGCAACCAAGGGAGGAAAAUUCCCGCGAGAAAAGAAGAUCAGUUAGCACCCCUGAUCAGGAGGAAGAUCACGAGAUGAAGGAAAACGAAACACUCUCGCGAACUCCACUCUUGAAUUCUUACAGAUCAGUCCUGAAUAGUACUGAUUCUUCAGCCGAUAGUUUUUCUCCCCCUAAAACUAGUUGCGAAGAUGACGAGGUUUUUGAUGAGGAUGCGAAGAAGCAAGUCAGGAGGCCUUUGAUCCUCGCCAAGUCGAAACUUGUGCUUCCAGAGAAGCUGGAAGAGAGAGAAGUUAAGAAAUUUGAUGAAACGAGGAUCAUUUCGAAAGAUUCACAAAGUUUGGAAGUAGAGACCGGAAUUAAAAAAGACACAAAGGUUUUCAAUAAUGUUACUUUGAGGAAAAAAAUUGGAAGUGCUUCUUCAACAGCGAGUGAUUUCUCUGAAAGAGAGGCGACUCAUUCUGGAAAGGAAGGAUAUUCGAAACCGAGUGGAGACGCUACUUUUAAUAAAUUUUCAAAGGAAUUGUCUUCAGUUUCGCCAUUACUUUUUGAUUCUGUGGACAGGAUCGACGAGACGAUUUAUAGUGGGGAUUCCUCGCUGGAUAUCACGUGUGAGGAAAUUGAUUCGAAGAUUACAUCUUUCGGAGAGAAAAUUCUGGGUGUUCCGGUUUCCAGAGCCGAAAUCUGUAGCGCUAAUGGCAAUAAUAGCGGGUCUGUCGUAACUGGAAAUGAGAAGGCGAGCAAAAUCGCACCAGUAAUAUCCGCGAUGUCAAGCGGCGAGGACAGUUCCGAUAGCGAGUGCGAUCGAAUUAAUUCCCAAAAUGAUCGUCAAGUCGCUACGAAUUUUCCUGCCAGUCUUAUCAAAUCCCCACCCCUUAAUUCGAAACUCAAAAUUCUGGGAGAGGACAAAAAACUCGAAAAUGGAGAGGAACCCGAAACUUGGAUUCGAGAGCAGAAGAUCCAGACACACAGAAGAUCAUUAUCUGCAAGUGAAAGCACCGGAUGUCGAUGUAAAAAUAAUGAGGUGAUAUUAGCGACUCCACUCCAAGCUCUCGAUAAGGAUGAAAUUUAUUCCAGGGCUUUUCCAAGCCUUUCGGAUGAUCGUCUCCAAGAAUCGGGCAUAGCCAAUUUCUCAGAUCUUCAAUCUGAAUUUAGUGAGAAUCUAUCCGAAGAAGAUCUCGAGAGAAAGUAUACAGCACUUUCAGUGGGUCUCCGGGCAGACAGGAUGACACUCUCCAGGAGGAUGACGCUUUCCCAGAGACAGAGGGACCAGGCUGAGCGAAAUAUGAGGACCGAGGUGGAGAAAAUGCAGCAAGACAUACAGGAUCUCGCACCACUCUGCACCGACAAGGAGUCACUCGAGAGGGUCGAGAGGGUGAACCGACAGCUCGAGAUGAUCGCACAGUGCUCUCACAGGGUCUCCUGCGUUGCGGAAACUCUUGGCGCCGUCCAUCAGGAACGUCGAGUCUCCAGGGCGGCUUUGCUAGCUGAUAGGUAUCUUCAACUCCUCAGAACCAGAUGCGAGAAACUCCUCGCUGAAGUCAACGAGACCAAGCGAAUCCUGAUGGAGAACAACAUCAUGAUUGAGGAACAUCCCAGUGAGCUGGGUGACGACAUUCCUCGAAUUCGGUAUCGAGCUGUGCCCACCAAUAAUCGUACGAUGAUGGCUAGAAGAAGAGCUAGUAUUGCAGCGAUAUCCAGACCCUUGGGAAGUCAGCAAGAUCUAAAGGAGGGUCCCAGGCAAAGGAAUUCUGUGUCGGGCCGCGUUACUUUCAGAAGACCUUCGCUGAGUCAUGAAACUCAAAAAUGGGAAAAUGAAAAACUUGUUCGGACAGACAGUUCGAGCAGCAUUGGCGAAAUAAGGGAAGCUGAGCCGAGACGAAAUUCGAGGGAAGAAAAUAACAACAACGUCGUCCGAAGUCCCGCGAACUACGUUAUUUCCUCAAAUUGUGAGACCAUCGAGGACGAAACUUGGUUGCAUCCGGGCGAGAAUUUUGCCGAGGAAUCAUCACAUCUUGAAAAAAUGCCGAAUGAAAUGUCACAGCUGAGAAAAAGUAACUGGUGGAUUCUUUGGACGGCAGUGAAGUACGUUCUGCUCCAUCCAGUUUUUUGGUACAUUUUGAUAUCCUUUUUUUUCGGUUUCUAUGUGAAAGACGCACUUUCCUCCAAGUUAUGUGUGGGUGCUCCUCACAAGUGGCACUCGCUUCAGGAAUUUUUUGAACAAUAUAUUCAUGUUAAAAACACUGCGCCUCGGCCGAUUUGAAAAUCGAAAAAGAGCCAUUUUUCUAUUCCUUUUGCCCUUUUUUUCGGGACGACAGAAUCGUUUUUAAUUGUAAAUUAUGAAAAAGAUGUAACCAGUGCUCUUUUAUUUUCUACGAGUCUUGUUUUUAAGUUGCGGAAUACUGAGUGUUCUUCCUAACUAUUUUUAAUAAAUCAAAUUCAGCUAA